AAAGGCGUUUUUUUUUUUUCUUGGUCACUUGGCUGGAAAGUGCAUGUGAGUGAGAGAGGGUCCCUGCCCUGGAGGGGGAGAGGAGACAGGGAAAGUUAAAGGCAGAAGAAGCAGGAAAGCAGCUCAAAUUGUUAGAAAGGGAUAGAGGAGGAGGACACAAAAAGUUUGGAAGAGAUAGACGAGGAAUAAAAAAAAAAAAGGAAUCGAGAAGUAUCGCAAGAUUCUAGGGACAUUAGAGUAUAAAAGUUUGUUGCCUAGCCAAGAAACUUUUUGGGUUAAGAAAGUAAAUUUAAGGAACAAUUGGUGAGCCGGCUCAAGAGGUGGUGAACAGCGCAGGGCAGGGGUUAUGGAUAGGGAUCUUGGCCGAGAGAAGCCAGAGCCUAUUAACACCAUGCGGAUCUUGGAGACCCCAGAACUUGGCCAAAGCAGGAAGAACUUCAGCGUCAGUCACCUCUUGGACUUGGAAGAAGCAGCGGCCGCAGGGAUACAAGGAUCCAGGGAUCUUGGACCGCCACACGAGGAAGAGGACAAGGAGCCAAUGUCAGGGGGCAGCAGUGACAGUGAGGUGACAAUCCAAGAAGGCGGAAGCCCUAAUCUUAGCUGUACCAAAAACGCCAGGAAGAAGAAGCAAAGGAGGAACCGGACAACGUUUAACAGCAACCAGCUGCAGGCUCUAGAGAGGGUUUUCGAGAGAACCCACUACCCCGACGCCUUUGUACGAGAGGAUCUGGCGCGGAGGGUGAAUCUGAGCGAGGCUAGAGUACAGGUCUGGUUUCAAAACCGAAGAGCCAAGUUCCGCAGAAACGAGAGGGCGCUGCUGGCCAGCAGGACAUCUUCACUACUGAAAUCCUACAGCCCAGACACCAUGGUGGAGCAGCAAAUCACCCCCAGGCCGGCCACCCUGACACCGGACUACAUGUCUUGGAAUUCUAACAGCAACUUCGGCAAUGCCAGUUUGCCACCCUACAGCCCGACCACCACCGCCUCCACAACUAUGCCCACCCAAGGCGUGAACAUGGCAGACAGCAUCGCAAGCCUGCGCCUCAAAGCCAAGGAGUUUAACCUACACCAAAGCCAGGUGUCUACGGUGAACUGAGCCAAAGGCCGAGGGACUGAUGAUGACUUUGCCAGUGCCAGCCACGGGCAAAGGGGUGUGCGGGACACGCCACGGCUCACCCCCCCCAAACACUAAGGGGCAGCAUUAUACAGGGCCAACUAAGUGGAGUGUUUACCCCCUUCCAGACUGUAUCAUUGCUGCAGAUGGUCGGAAGCCAAUAAUAUAUAUAUAUAUAUAUAGGACGAUCACUCACCAUUAUUUGCCAAGUUUCAUAAAACGAUCCAUAGGGGUUAAGGGCCGAGUUAUCAUUUUGCUUUACAGUCAAAAUAAAAGAACGGAAAUUUAAACAAAUACUGGAUUUCUUGCUCGUCCUCCUAAUCCCUGUCUAUAUAGUGGAACCUCGUCUCUUCCACAUAUAUGAUUGGCUAAAUAUGUUUACACAAUAUACCCGGCCCUUUUUCCUCCCCACUCCCUUUAUCUUACUGAUCGUCUGCCUAAUAUGACCGACCAUGCCCAUUCCCAAGUCAGACUCUGUUUACACAAGUAGGACCCCUUUUCACCAUUAAUACCCCGCCUCCUUUUACGUAGGUACUCACUGUAUAUAUAUAUAUAUAUGUGUGCGUGUAGAUAUCAUAUUAUACUUUGUAAAUAGGUCCUGAUUCUUUAAACUCAUUGAUUUAGACAUCAAGUAGAACGGUAGGUUUGGUCGCUAGAUUAGUAUUUCCUUAAAAAAGCCAAAAAGUGUUGCCGGGAAGCGUUUUUUUGAACACAUUUCAUAUAUUCAUAGAAAUAAAGGGAAUAGCUACUAUAAUCACAGCAAAAAUCAUGCCAUACAUCUUAUAAAUUGUAUAAAUAAAACCUACCGG